ACGAGCUGGCACGCGCCACUCUCGUCCCAGAGUAAAUAAGCGACCGAGCCCGACUCUCCUGAGCACCGUAAAUAGCGUCCGAGUGGGCGGAGAGCCGCCCGGCACCGCCUGCUCAUGUCGCUGCAGAGUCAAGUGUCCGGCCGCCUGGCACAGCUACGCGCGGCGGGGCAGCUGCUGGUUGCCCCGCGCCCCUGGCCCGGCCGCUCGGCGGGUGGCCCGCGGCCCCGCGGCAGUGCGUGCAGUCCCCCGGUGGCGCUAAGCGCGCACAGCCUCUGCGCGUGGCCCUCGGCGGGAGCGUGGCCCUCAGCGGGAGUUGGGGCGUGGGGGGCAGCGGGGCGUGGAGCCUGGGUGCGCACCUGGGCCCCCCUGGCCAUGGCCGCGAAGGUGGACCUGAGCACCUCCACCGACUGGAAGGAGGCCAAAUCCUUUCUGAAGGGCUUGAGUGACAAGCAGAGGGAGGAGCACUACUUCUGCAGGGACUUCAUUAAGCUGAAGAAGAUCCCCACAUGGAAGGAGACCGCGAAAGGGGUGACUGUGAAAGUGGAGGACCCCAAGUAUAAGAAGGACAAGCAGCUGAAUGAGAAAAUCUCCCUGUUCCGAGGGGACAUCACCAAGCUGGAAGUGGAUGCCAUUGUCAACGCUGCCAACAACUCCCUGCUCGGAGGUGGAGGGGUGGACGGUUGCAUCCACCGGGCUGCGGGACCCCUGCUCACGGAUGAGUGCCGCACCCUGCAGAACUGCGAGACCGGCAAAGCCAAGAUCACCUGCGGCUACAGGCUGCCGGCCAAGUACGUCAUCCACACAGUGGGGCCCAUCGCUGUGGGCCAACCCAGUGCCAGCCAGGCGGCCGAGCUGCGCAGCUGCUAUUUGAGCAGCCUGGACCUGUUGCUGGAGCACCGGCUGCGCUCGGUGGCUUUCCCAUGCAUCUCCACAGGCGUGUUUGGGUACCCCAAUGAGGCGGCUGCUGAGGUAGUGCUGACUGCGCUGCGGGAGUGGCUGGAGCAGCACAAGGACAAGGUGGAUCGGCUUAUCGUCUGUGUGUUCCUCGAGAAGGACGAGGGCAUUUACCGAGAGCGCCUGCCCCAUUACUUCCCAGUAGCCUGAGGCUCCUGAAGCCCACCCUGAAUGGGACUGACCCACCUGGGCCUGUGGGACCUCGCUCCCAACUCUAAGAGAGGUCUCGGAAGCCAACUGCUUGUUCCAGCCUGACCAGCGCGGGGUUGUCCUUCCCCUCAGCGUAUCCUGCCCUCUCUUUCAGAAGCCUCUUAAUAAAGCUGUCUGAUUCAG